AUGGUGAUUGCGGGCCAUUCAACUGUUCCCGAGGAGAUCACUCGUCUCUGUAAAGACUAUGUGUCUGAAAAGUUAUUCAAUGCCAUGAAAUACGAUAUAAUCCCAAUUGUCUUCGGUUCGGCCAACUAUACGGCAAUACUGCCCCCAAACUCAUACAUCAAUGCCUUGCAAUUCCNAAUUAUUUGAUAUGAUUCGAGUGUCUGUUUUGAUAACAUUGAUCACAAAUUAUAAAUUAU